CUCUUCUCUUCUUAUCUCCCAACUCUCUCUCUCUCUCCUCCUCCUCCUACUCUCUCUCUAGACAAAAACAUCAUACAAAAUUCAGAAAAAAAGCCCCAAAGUUCUUAAAGGAUCGUGUUUUGCGAGAUUUUGGACGUAAGCUUUGUGCAAAAAGAAAAAUGUUGAAUUUUGAAGCGACGGAGCUCCGGCUAGGAUUGCCUGGCGGCGGUGGUGGAAAUGACGGCGAAGCGGUGAAGAGCAACGGGAAGAGAGCUUUCUCCGACACCGUUGACUUGAAGCUUAAGCUAUCUUCGAAGGAAUCCAACGUUGAUCAAGUUGAGAACUUGAAAGACAACAAUAAUAAUGUUGUCACAAGUCCUAGUGAUUCAACUAAGCCACCAGCCAAAGCACAAGUAGUGGGUUGGCCACCGGUGAGAUCAUACCGGAAAAACAUCCUGAGUGGACAGAAGGCGGCCGGCGAGAGCUCCGGCGGUGGUGCCGCCCUAGUCAAAGUUAGCGUUGACGGUGCGCCCUACUUGCGUAAAGUGGACUUAAAGAUGUACAAAAGCUACCAUGAACUUUCUGAAGCUUUGGGCAAAAUGUUCAGCUCUUUCACCAUUGGGAAUUGUGGGACUCAUGGAUUUAAGGAUUUCAUGAACGAGAGCAAAUUGAUAGAUCUAUUAAAUGGUUCAGACUAUGUUCCAACUUAUGAAGAUAAAGAUGGAGAUUGGAUGCUUGUCGGUGAUGUUCCAUGGAACAUGUUUGUUGAUUCAUGCAAGCGCUUGCGAAUAAUGAAAGGAUCAGAAGCCAUUGGACUAGCACCAAGGGCAGUAGAGAAAUGCAAGAACAGAAGUUGAAUUGCUAUUUGUAAUUGCAUUUUUUUCCCUUUUUUUUUUAAAUCUGUUUUUUGAUUGUAAUGAUCUCAACUAUGAGCAUCAACCUUAAUUGUGUUUGUAAUUAUGUUUUAAAAUAUAUGUAUACAUAUCUAUUACAUAAAAUAUGAGAUGAGAGGUCUGCAUUAUUCUGUGUGCC